GAGGUUCUUGUGUUCUGUCACUUCUUUCCGAUCUAAAGGUUGACAUGUGUGGGGGGCCACACGUUGCGGGAGCGUCCCCGGCACUGAAAUACUAACUCCACAAACACGGAUUGUGAUGCUGCAUGGCCGAGCACUCAGAUUCAACUUUGAGGGGCAUAACAGGAGGUCUCAAGCUGCAGGUACCCGCAUGACGUUCGUGGUCGAUCUCGGAAUGCGCGGUUAUAGCCGUGCACCGGAUUCCGGGCUUCGGCUCCCCGAACGAAGAGGAUGGAUUCUACAACGCAGUUUAUAAGAAGGCAGGGUGCUAGGGGAUAGAUGCAGCCUCAAAGAGAAGCCCAAUUGAGACCUCUCACUGUCGUCUGCAGCACACUUCAACAUAGUCCAGCACUUCCACGCUUUUGUCCGCCUUUAUUCUCGUCCACGACUAACCGCUCAACAUGGCAAAUACCGGAGCUCUUCCUAAAGUCAAGAGACAUGUCACAGGCCACAACGGCAAAGGCCAUGCCAUCUUCAGCAAUGCUUUCGAUGAGGAAAGCAAGAUGAAAGCCAACGAUGACGGCAUCGCGUUCGCCCUCAGCUACGCCACGAAAGGCUUCCCAGUCGACAUGACAGAUGACCAGGAUCUCGAAGUAUACGAGAAGUAUCUCAAGAGCCCCCCGGGCCUUGUUGUAUCAGGCGGCACCGUACUCCGACACGUCGAUAUCCCUCCCAAUACUGAGUGCACGAUGCACCGGACUGUGAGUCUGGAUUACGGAUGUGUGCUCGAGGGCGAGGUACAGCUCUUGCUCGACAGCGGCGAGGAGCGUAUCAUGAAGCGAGGCGACGUUGCGAUUCAGCGUGGGACGAUGCAUCAGUGGAUCAACCAGAGCAAAACGGAGUGGACGAGGAUGCUGUUCGUAUUGCAGGAGAGCAAGCCGUUGGAGAUCGCGGGCGAGAGGUUCGGUGAGCAUCUCGAUGGCAUGGCUGGCGUGCGGUCGUCGGACUAGAGUAGCUGCAGUCGAUACUGUGUGGUUGAUUUGUGGAGUGCACGUAGCCUGCGAUCUUCCACAAUUCUAAUCCUGACCCCGCCGCGGCGCUACCGCCCGAUCCAGCUGCAAGCACAUGCUCCAC